GCCACCCUGGGCAGCGUGGGGCUGGCAAAGGCCCUGCUCCCGGCCCCGCCCUGCCCCCCGGGGCUGUGGGGGGCGGGGGGCUGAGCCUCUCUCUGGUCUUGCCCCCCCAGGAGGUCCCCGGUGGGCAGCCAGCCGACCUCCUGCAAGGCGAUGCUGUCAGAGGAGACCUACCAGCAGCUGGCCAAGGAGACCCUGGAGGAGCUGGACUGGUGCCUGGACCAGCUGGAGACGAUCCAGACCUACCGCUCCGUCAGCGAGAUGGCGUCCAACAAGUUCAAGAGGAUGCUGACCCGUGAGCUCACCCACCUGUCUGAGAUGAGCCGCUCCGGAAACCAGGUCUCCGAGUACAUUUCCAACACGUUCCUCGACAAGCAGAACGAGGUGGAGAUCCCGCCCCCCACGCACAAGGAGCGGGAGAAGAAGAAGAAGCAGCAGCCCAUGUGCCAGAUCAGCGGCGUGAAGAAACUCGUGCCCAGCUCCAGCCUAACCAACUCCAGCAUCCCCCGCUUCGGGGUCAAAACCGACCAGGAGGAGCUGCUCAGCCAGGAGCUGGAGAAUCUCAACAAGUGGGGUCUGAAUAUUUUCCAUGUCUCCGAAUAUUCCAACAGCCGCUCGCUCAGCUGCAUCAUGUACACGAUAUUCCAGGAGAGGGACCUGCUGAAAACCUUCAAGAUCCCGGCGGAGACGCUGCUGACGUACGUGCUAACCCUGGAGGAGCAUUACCACAGCGACGUGGCCUAUCACAACAGCCUGCACGCCGCCGACGUGGUGCAGUCCACGCACGUCCUGCUGGCCACGCCCGCCCUGGACGCUGUGUUCACCGACCUGGAGAUCCUGGCCGCUCUGUUUGCAGCCGCCAUCCAUGACGUGGAUCACCCGGGCGUCUCCAACCAGUUCCUGAUCAACACCAACUCAGAGCUGGCCCUGAUGUACAACGACGAAUCGGUCCUGGAGAAUCACCACCUGGCCGUGGGCUUUAAGCUGCUGCAGGAGGAGAAUUGCGACAUCUUCCAGAGCCUCGGCAAGCGCCAGCGCCAGACGCUGCGCAAGAUGGUUAUCGACAUGGUCCUGGCCACCGACAUGUCCAAACACAUGAGCCUCUUGGCCGACCUCAAGACCAUGGUGGAGACCAAGAAAGUGACGAGCUCCGGGGUGCUGCUGCUAGACAACUACACAGACCGGAUCCAGGUGCUGCGGAACAUGGUUCACUGCGCCGACCUCAGCAACCCCACGAAGCCGCUGGGGCUGUACCGGCAGUGGACCGAGCGCAUCAUGGAGGAGUUCUUCCGGCAGGGUGACAAGGAGCGGGAGCGCGGCAUGGAGAUCAGCCCCAUGUGCGACAAGCACACGGCCUCCGUGGAGAAAUCCCAGGUGGGCUUCAUCGACUACAUCGUUCACCCGCUGUGGGAGACGUGGGCGGACCUGGUGCACCCCGACGCCCAGGAAAUCCUCGACACCCUGGAGGAUAACCGGGACUGGUACCACAGCAUGAUGCCGCAGAGCCCCUCCCCGCCCCCGGACGAGCAGGACAAGGACGAGGAGACCUGCCUGGAGAAGUUCCAGUUCGAACUGACGCUGGAGGAGGAGGGCGAGGAGUCGGAUCAGUCGGACCCGGAGCGCUGCAGCCUGGGCCAGGAGGAGGAGGAGCCGCCCUGCCCGGCCCCGGAGGAGGGGGUUGGGCAGAACGGACUGGCACACGACACAGCCCCUGGGGCACCGUGACUCUGGGCUUCGGCUCAGCCGCCCGGCGGGAAGCCACACGCGCCCCCCCCCGCCAUGGACUCUCUUUGGGGGGAGCCGACACACAACGCCCGUUAAUUUAAUGUUGGGUUUAGUUGAGGGGAUUUUUAUUGUAUUUUUUACAAAAAAAAAAAGAAAAAAAAAAAGAAAAAAAGAAAAACUUUGAAAAAACCAAACCACAACAAAGGGAACAAACACAGCAACUGUAGAGGGGUCGGCCCGGGCCCGGCCCCCCCAGCGGAGCUCCCAGCCCCCCGGACUCCUGCACCUCCCGCCUGCCUGCGGGUUUGCUGGUGUCACUGGUCCAGCCUGAUUCUCUUUGGUUCGGAGCAGCCGGGGCCGGGGGCUUUUCGCGCCCUUCAGAGAUCUAUUUUUUUAAGCAAUCAGGACUGAACACAGAGCGGGAUCGGAGCGAGGGGGGAGCCGGCUCUGCGCCCCCCAGCCCUGCGCCCUCAGCCGGCCUCCAUCCGGCCUGGGGCCUUCGUGCCGGCGCUGCCGGCUGCUCCGGGCCGCCCGACGGUGGGGCGGAUUAUUGUAAUUUAUUCUUGCGGGGGGAGGGGAUGGUUGUGGGCUCUGGGUUAUUUUAACGCACCUGGUAAUUUAUUGUACAUUAAUUAUUAUUUUUGGAACGGGGGGGGGGAGAGAAGUUGUUUUAUUUUUCUGUAAUCAGAUUUUUUUCUCCCAUUGCUCGGGGGUUCAUUUCGUCCCCUCUCCCCUCCCCCACUGAGGCCAUAGCUCCCCCUUUCCUGGGAGGCCGAGAGGGGGGGUGAAAAGGGGGCUCUCAAUGGCGACGCUCCAACCCCCCCUCGAAGCAGCCGCUCUGCGAGCGACCAGCCAGCCAAGUCUUCCUCUCUCCAGCCGUUUGCACAAGGCCGGCGCUCCGGCCGCACGGACUGACUGGAUCAGGCAGCUGCCCCCCGCCCCCGCCCCUGCCCCCGCCGAGCAGCUGGGAACCAGCUUCGCUUCACUUUGCGAUGACUUGCCAACCCCCCCCGCUGGCAGCAGACGGGCUGCGGGCACCGGCGCUGCAGGGGGGCGCCCAGGGGCCAGGCAGAGCGGGAUUCAGGGGGCGCUGGGCUCCGGACCGUCGGCCUGGUGCCCUCUGCGGCGUUAGUCCCUGACCCCGGCCAGCCUGGGAGCUGGGCCCGCUGGCUGCUGCCUUCCCUGGGCCGGGGGGGAGCCAGGCCGGGCUGCUCCGUCCCCCCCCGAAUGCCCAGCACCCAGUGGGGGCAGGUAGAGCUGGGGCUUUAGAACCGUUUCCUCAGGGUCUCCCUGUGCUAAAUGGGGGGAGCAGCUUCCCCCCCCAGCUCCACUAGCCGCGUCUGCACCGGCCUGGUUCUGGCUGCAGGAUGUGGGGCUCACUCGGGGGGGCUGAGCUCGGGGGUUACAGCCAGGGUGAAAGGUCAAGGUGACCCCCCCUCCCCCUGCAGGAAACCAGAGUUUCUCCCCAUUGCACUGGGAGGGGGCAGUUGUCUGGCAAAUGAGUCCUUUGGUGGGGCUGAGAGGGCAGGGAGGUGGGCUCAGGCUGGGGCUGGCGUGUGCCCCCCCCCCCCCGGUGUGAAGCAAUAAUGAGUGAGGUUCCUCCCCCCCAAUGCUUCAGCUUUCGAACCAAAGCCCUUGGGCCACCGUCCCCCCGGGCUCGUCCCCUGGGCCAGCAGCUCCGGGGUCCUGUGGCCGGGGGCUGCCCUGGGGGGUGAGGAACAUGGGCAGGGCCCACCCGAGCGAUGUGCCAGCGCCCGGGGGGGGCCGGGGGGGCGGGGCGCUGCCAUGUCUGAACACUGUACUGUAGCAAUUGAUUUCUAUUUUCCGCGGGGCGGGGGGGGCCGCCCCGUAGAGCCUUUAUUUUUGUACGCGGUUCGGUUCCGUGCGUCGGUCGGGUCGGUUUUGCUCUGUACAUACUGUGAAUAGCGGCUGUAAAUGUCCUCCCCUCCCCCCACCUCAAACAAGACAGCGUGGGCCGGGGGGGGCUGAGCCCCCUCCCCAGGAUCUGAGCUCCCCCCCACCCCCGCGUAUGUAUCUGGUGUAACAGCUCCUCCUUCGCCAUGUCCCUGCCGUGUUUCUCCCUCUCCCAGUGUCAGCUGCGGAGCUACAAUAAAACCAGGAGGAAGGGA